AGAUCCACUUCAGGAUCCACUGCAGGGAUGUGAGGCAAACGGCCAAAACCCUGUGACACAGAGGUGACUCCGCUAUUUACUCCAGAACCAUCUGAAUCCACCUGAAUCCACCUGGACGUCAAUCUGCGGACCGCCCCGGAGUUUCGCGCACUUUUGCGUAAAUUUCACCUGCGCGCGUCUCGGCGGCGCGCAGAGCAGACUCCUCUCAUCCCCAACACACACACACACACACACACACACACGAGGCGGAGCGCGCCUGGUCGCCGCCACACUUCUCUUAGUUUGAGAGCACACACACACACACACACCGCCUGUUCCGUCUUUACCUUCACGUGCGUAACCGUUUUGCGCUUCAGUCCGCGUCCUGACCGCUGCAGAGCUGAGACUGUGACCGCAGCACCGCGCACCGAGCGAGUGAGCAGACCCCCAGUUUGGUGAGUGAAGAUGAUUCCUGUGCUGAUCUGUGUUUUGAUUUCACUGAGUGUAGCAGACAACGACUUAGACACCCUGUACCCUGAUCUGGAGCACUCGAGAACCAUCUAUGUCAUAGAAAAUGGCCCUCGACUCUCGGUGGUGGCAGAACAAUCUAAGGUGGUGUCGAGGCGAGGAGGAAACGCCACUUUACCAUGCAGGAUCCAAAGGGACCAAUCACUGGCUCCUAAUCGCAAGAUGAGGAUCAAAUGGACCAAGCUGACGUCAGACUACCUGAAAGAGGUGGAUGUUUUUGUUGCCAUGGAUUAUCACAAAAGGAGUUAUGGCAGUUUCCAUGGACGUGUCCACCUACAAGGUUCCUCCCCCAUGGACGCCUCUCUGGUCAUCACAGAAAUCACCCUGGAGGAUUAUGGGAGAUAUAAGUGUGAAGUUAUUGAUGGGCUGGAAGAUGGAACGACAGUGGUGUCUCUUGACCUUGAAGGUGUCGUCUUCCCGUACUUCCCCCGCCUCGGCCGCUACAACCUCAAUUUCUACGACGCUGAGCGGGCAUGUCGUGACCAGGAUGCCAUUGUUGCGUCCUUUGACCAGCUGUACGAUGCGUGGCGGGGAGGGAUGGACUGGUGCAACGCCGGCUGGCUGAAUGAUGGUUCGGUCCAGUAUCCCAUCAACACACCCAGAGAACCCUGCGGAGGCAAGAACACAGUGCCGGGCAUUCGCAACUACGGCGUGAGAGACAAGGACAAGAACCACUAUGAUGUGUUCUGCUUCACCUCCCACUAUAAAGGUCGGUUCUACUACCUGAUCCAUCCCUCUAAGCUGACCUAUGAUGAGGCAGUCAGGGCGUGUCAAAAAGACGGCGCUCAGAUCGCCAAGGUCGGCCAGAUGUAUGCCGCCUGGAAGCUGCUGGGCUAUGACCGCUGUGAUGCUGGCUGGUUGGCUGACGCCAGCGUCCGCUAUCCCAUCUCCCGUCCCCGCCGGCGCUGCAGUCCAACAGAAGCUGCCGUGAGGUUCAGCGGCUUCCCCGACAAAAAGCACAAGCUGUACGGAGUGUACUGCUUCAAGGGCAACAACUGAAAUACAAACACAUAUGCAAACAACCUGCAAACACAAACAUACACACAUUAGCAUGCACACACACACACACACACACACACACACACACACACACACACACACACACACACACACAACACACACACACACACUCCAAUGAACACACUAGCAGAAUGAAAAAGAGACAAAUUUUGGAGGUAUGAACAAACACAUUCAAACUGUGAUGCUUUAUUUCAUGGAAACCUUAAGACAUUAUUGUCAGACAGUCAUGUUGUUGCUUUGUAAUCUGGGACCUGAUACUCCACAAGGGAUAGUUUACACAUAUUUAAGGUUCAUAUUAUUUAAUCAAUGCCUUUGAGAGGGGUGGGUGGGUUGUUGUGGGGGGUGAGGGUUGGAGGAUAUCACAGCUACAGCCAUACUGUCAUUCAAGAAUGGACUAGGCAUGUCAUGUAACAAGGAACGACACGUCUGAACUGAGAACAGUUUAACAGCGAAAUGUCUCAUGGUUGGACUGAUACUUUGGGCACUUAUCUUGUUUUGUUCAAGACCAGGAACAACUACAAAGCCAUGAAACUCAGCUGAAAACAGACGAAAAGAAAGACCGCUUAGAUCCUCUGAUACUUGUCAGAUAGGAAUGCAAGCCUAGCACAACCAAACUGAUCUUUGCUGUCCAUUCUUAACAAGGUGCUACAACUGGUACUUUGUACUUCAUCAUAUCGUCCAGUAUUUUAGGUUUUUAUACAAAUGUGUUGGACCAAACAUCAGUCUCAUCACUAAAAUGAAGAAAAACAAACAUCCAACUGUUAGCAUUGUUUUCUAAGUAUGUAGAAUGUGAUUAUCUAGAAAUGUCUUUCUGUUAAUGACUAUUUUUUAAUAUACUGUAGAGAUAUUUACAUUAUUUUUUGUCUUUCUGGCCAAACUAUCCGAGUCUCUUUGGUUUACAUAAAACAUAUAACAACAGUGGUAAAAAUACAAAAAUCCACAGUCCUAAAGAAGAAGAGAUUAAUUUUGCACUGAACAUAUAGAGGAUGCCUAGAAAAGAAGACAAGGCAAACAAUAGUUCGCCCUAUCCAGCAACAGAAAAUGCCUGGCAUAAAUAAAAACAGUACUGUGCUGCAGAGUAUCCUUACUCUACAAGCCCUUUGUGGCUGUAUCUGUUUGGCUUCAGCUUCAGAGCAUGAAUUAGCUUCAAGCACACAGCAAAGCAGCUCAGUGUACGCCUACACACAUUCUAUCUAGCGCCUUGAUAAACUGCUAUUUUUGAUACAAAUACUGUAGUUUCUUAUAGUGAACGAGCAAAGCCAAGGCUAGCUUCAUUAGUGACCUCACCGCUCCUAAUGGAACUCCACAAAUAAGUGACAGUGCUGACUUUGCAAACCCUACAGGAAAAACUCUAAAAUGUUUUAUUUUACCUGUUAUCCAGAGUUGUAGGUGGUUCCGCGGUACCACAGAAGUCUGUUCUUCCCGGAACGAUAACGUCUUUGCCCAAAACCAAGAUUCAAAUCUGACAUUUCCUGCUUCGUGCUACUCUUCCUCUUUGCUAGCGGUGCUAUAUGGCAGGCUGCGAUAGCUAGCAAACUCUAGCUAGCGCAGUCCAUGGAAAUUUUGGAUUUUAAACGUUGGUUUUGCUCAGGGCAAACAUUUGAACAGUUUUAAUUUCAGAAACAUAAACCACGACGAAAAAUGGAAGUUGAAAACGUUUUUUUCAAAUACAAAAAGCAAGAUAAACAAAGCUAACAAAGUAAGCUUUGAGGCUAAAAAAAAAAAAUAAAAAACGAAAUGAUAAUGUGAAAGAAAGACAAAUAGACAUUAAUUUCUUAAUGUUGUAGUGCAGUCUUACCGGUGGAAUCACACAUUGAAGCUCCUGACUGGUAAAACAGCUCCACUGCCCAAAACUUUUGCAGAAGUAGAUUUAGCUGUUUGACAUGUUAGCUAACAUGUUAGCUAAGUCAACCUGCUUAAAGAACCAGCACAGACCAGCUUCAGCUUGGUCGCUGGUUUUAGCUGCUCUGUGUAACCAGUAGCCAAUGUCAACGUUGAGUAUCUCGCUAUGAAUCAAUAUUAAUACUUUCUAAAGCCUGAACUCAUACAAGGUAGGUUGAGUGGGUAAUUGUUUUCUCAAUGUUUGUACGGUUUCCCUUCAGACACCGAUGAAGUGGUAGCAACAACAUUCGAGCGCGUUAAUGCGUUAACACAUUCGAACGCUUUAACAAGUUGAGAAUGUUCGAAUGUGUUAAAACGUAACGUGUUAAUACGUUCGAACGUGUCACGGCGUUAACGCGUCGGACGCGUCGACACGUUCGAAUUUGGGUGCUACCAUUUCAUCGGUUUCUGAGGGGAAACCCUACAUAUGUACAAUCACUGCAAGAAAAAAUACAACUCCCACUCAACCUACCUUGUAUGAUCCAUGCUCCUGCUAUGAUUGGUCCGACCAAGUCUUGGAAAAAAAUUAAAACAAAUUCAUGAACUAUGCGCACUUAAAAUCUGAACAUUUGAAAACAAAGCAACAACAAAACAGCUGAGACAAAUAUGAAAAGUUUAAAAGUAAGUAACAUAACAUAAUCGUUGGUGUUUAUAGGCUACUAAGAGGAAUAAGUGCAGUGUCUCAUGUUGGCUGUCAACAUCUAAAUCUUCCUCUCAGAGUUCAUGUCAUCUAAUGUUAUAAGGUGCUGGUCUCAAGCUCAUUCUGGGCAGACAGUAAACAUUGUUGAAGAUUCAAGCCAUUCCUGUGUAACAGGUAAAAAAAAAGACCUGUUGAGGUUUACGUAGGGAACACUUAGUGACCGAGUCACAGAGUAACCUAUGGAGUGCUGAAGUCACUGAUGGGACUAAGCCAGGUCCUGAGUGAGCAUGGUUUUCCUGGCAGCGACUGGCUCCCUGAUUGCUAUCUCAGCUCUGCAGGACUCAGCUCUGAACUGGCCAACCUGUCUCUGGGCUCAGCGAUCAGACAGAGCAAGCCUGCAGCCAACCUGCACCAGCCUGCUGAAUGAGACAGAAAUACAUCAAAAAUACCAAUAAGUCUUGCAUGGAGGCACUGAGGGGCUUCUUCCAUGUAAGGGUAUCAGAGGGUAAAUGGUGCACAUUGAUCAAGUGUAAGCUCACUGCACACAGUCCCAGCUGGCCCACAUACUGGUUUAGGUCAUCCACUUGGACCUGCAGUGUUAGCUUUACUUGGCUCCACCUUUGACAAGCCACUGAACAAUCAGACUCCUGCUACACUUAUCACUGAAGAACUGCUGGACAGACUAAGAAUAACUUUCUGUAAUAAUUAGCCAUAGACGAUGUGGGAAAUAACAUUGUGGUUUUACAGAACAACAGCUGUGAAGUAAACACAGUUCUGAGGAGUCCACUGCAGAGGAAGGAAAAGAUCUGUUCCUUUAAACUUGUAUUAUUUUCCGUUAUUGUAAACAAUUUCCAAACAAUGUUAAGAGUUAGAGAAAUAUUUUGACAUUCUGGGGGGGGGGGGCAACUUGUUUUUAUGUUUCCGUUUGUGUUGGAUUAAAAAAACAAGAUGUAACAUGUUUAUGUUAAUACAUGUAAAAUUUAGAGCGCGGUGCAGAUUGAUACCAAACUCAUGUCUGUCUGUUAAAUAUACGGCUACAAUCUGCAGCUGGUUAGCUUAGCUUAGCAUAAUGACCAGAAAUAGUGGGAAACAGCAAACGUAGCUCUGUCAAACAGAAACAGAAUCAGUCUAUCAUCGUAUAUAAAACUGACUUAGCUGGUGAUUAGCUGGGUUUUUGCAUGAAUUAAACAAACAGGAUACAGAGUGUUAAUUAGUGAGCUCUAGUGGUGCAGAUAAUGGAUUUUUUGCAACUCUGGAUAUGGCCAUGCUAGCUGUUUCCCCAUGUUUCGAGUCUUUAUGCUAAGCUAAGAUAAUCACCUGCUGGUUUAAGGUCCAUAUUUACAGUACAGACAUGAGAGGGUAUCAAUCCUCUCAUAUAAUGCUCAGCAAAAAAGUGAAUAUGUAUAUUUCACAAAAUGUCCUUCAAAGCUUUAGGCCUGGAUCAGACUACACAAUUUUUUUAUCUUUCAUGAUGGUCUCCAUGUCAGAUUAGACAAUCAUAGAGCCAGAAAUUCCUGCCACAUUUUGGUCAGGAGACUGGCAACACUGCAAGCCUGACCCCGAACAGUCAUCAGUCACGUCCUUGCGCGAAGGAGGGUCAAGAAAUUCUAAACAGGUGUUGAUAUAACCCUCUGUCAUCCUUCUGGUCAGUGUGAAUUUGUCAUAAGAGAUGUCACACUGGGCAGGAAAGUACAAAAAAAUCUUGGGGCGUCCCAGAAGCCACAUCGCUGUUCUUCGAUUCUGUCAAAGUGCGAGGCCUGUCGGUUGUUCCCAACGUUCAUAUUCAGGUCCAACGCUGGGAAUUUGUUGGCCAUGACAACACUGUGUCACAAUCUGGCUGAGGUUGUGUAGUCUGAUCCCGGCGUUAAAGAAAGGCCAGAUCUGUUGGCUUUUAUUUUGUGUAUUGUUUGACUAACUUCAUCAGGAGCCUUGUGAAUAACUGCAGCAUACAAGGAAACCUUAGGGACCCAAAUACAAAAGGACAAUAAAACAGUACAUAAACUA